AGACAUUGAUGUGAUAAGUGGACCCAGUCAUUUAUUCACGCCGAACUACAAUGUAAGAGUAAAAAGUUCUCUAAAGGUUUCCAUUUAUCGUGAUUCGACGGUUCUUUCUACUUAUUUGAAAUCCACUAGAAUAGAAUACAAUUAAUCAGAUCAGAAUGAACUCCAAGUAUUUAAAUUAUUCCGUACUGUUCCUUGGCUAUUUUGGUUGUGUGAACUUCACUGUCAGUGGCACCCAUCAGACAUUUCACAAUGUGAGGCGGAGGAUGAAUCCCUUCCAGAGAAUGUGCCUCUGUAACAGACUGAAUCCCAGGGUCCUCAGCAGGGCUGUGCUGGAAAUGUACCCCGGACUUUUUAAUACUCAGAGGAGUCUGAGAUUUAUGCCGGUUGUGAAACCAGUCGGAGAACAUUCUCAUUCACAUGGCACGGGAUCUUAUGUAGGAAACACAGUAACAAAUCUUAAUGGGGAAUCCAAUUCAUGUUGUCAAACGAAUUAUGCUUUUGAAAUACUCAACAAAACCAAAGAGAACGGCAAUCAACUUAGCGUUGUUCACUUUGAUCAUCAGUACCAGUUUGUUCCAGUUGGUCGAUGUGUGUCGAAUUCGCCUGGAAAGUGUGGUUGGGGUUCUUGUGUACAGAUGUACAGACAUUAUUGGAUGUUGGUAUGGGACGAUGAUUUAACUCAUUUCCCGCCCGUUAGGUUUAUCCCGGUAGAAAUCCCCUCUCACUGUGAAUGUGUCAAUGUUGGAAGGAAAGGAUGAUACAUGCUUAAAGUCUGAUAUGCUCUAUGAACGAAGGCGACUAUUGGUCAUAGUUUGGUUGGAGUUUCCUGGACCAAUUAGAGAGUAUCCCUCAGUGACGUACCAGCAGGCACUACGACCCCGUACAUAGAUAAAGGACAUUAACUACUUUACAGGACCUUUAUAUAGGUUGCACUUUAAUCAUGUGGUGAAAUUUGCUGUUGAUAUAUGACCUUAACUUUUCUGUCGGAGUGAACUUCCUUACGCUUGUCAUAACUUAUUCGAACAUUUCCGUCGGUUCUCGGCCAUGUAUUGUGUUCUGUCAGAAGAGAGUCUUUUUUCAGUUGUCAGUGUGAUGAGCAUUUACUGAAUGACGUGGACUCUGAUUUUAAGAGGUCUACCUGUUAUCUCCAUGGGGGAAUGAUUUUGUAUAAUUUAUUAUCUGUUUGAGUUUUUAUUUGACAUUCAUUUAUAUUUUAAGGCGUUCAAAUACUGAUGGUUUUUGCCGAUUCAUCCUUUCAAUAAAUCUUAACUUUUCAACGAACAAUAAUCAAUUUAUUUCUUUAGAUUAAUAAAAUAUUCAAAUUCAGUAGUCUAGAUCGUCAAUUGAGCUUCAAGGAAAAUGUCUUGAAUAAGGGAUUUAAAAAAAUUGGUCUGUAAUGUGUUACGUAACGCUAAGCUUCUUUAAUCUUGGUACCUUUGUCCUUAAAUAUACAAUUUCAUUAAAAUAAAUAUAAAACAUUUGAAAGAUAAAGAGACAUAUCAGUAUAUUUUAGAGUCUUGUGUCAAAAGACCAGCAUUUUUCUUUCCUGUUUUA